AUGAACGAUUCCGAGGUACAGUGCUAUGAGAUUCUUCGCAUGAACCAAGCAACAUUUAAUAGCUUAUGUAAGAUACUAUCAGAGAAGUAUCAGCUAGAAGAGACUUGCCAUGUUUACUUAGAGGAGAGUGUAGCAAUGUUUUUAGAGAUGGCUGGACAAGAUUUAUCCGUACGGGCUUUAGCUGAGAGAUACCAACAUUCAUCUGACACAGUGAAUAGGAAGAUAGAUGAGGUUUUAAGUUCUUUGUUGAAACUUGCAGCAGACAUUGUGAAACCUGAAAGGGAUGAGUUUGCAAGUGCUAGUCCUAUUCUAGUAGAUGAUCCGCGAUAUUAUCCUUUUUUUAAGGAUUGCGUAGGUGCUUUAGAUGGAACUCAUGUGCCGGUUCGUCCUCCUUCUGGGAAUGCCGAUCCAUUCAGAGGUAGAAAAGGAGAACCAACUAUGAAUGUCUUAGCCAUAUGUAAUUUCAGCAUGAAAUUCAUAUAUGCUUAUGUUGGGGUUCCUGGGAGAGCACAUGAUACAAAAGUGUUGACAUAUUGUGCUAAGGAAGAAGCUUCUUUUCCUCAUCCUCCAGUUGGAAAGUAUUAUCUAGUAGACUCUGGAUACCCAACUAGAACUGGUUAUUUAGGACCUCACCGUAGAACUAGAUAUCACCUGGAUCAGUUUGUUAGAGGAGGACCACCGACAAACAGCAGAGAGUUAUUCAACCGAAAACAUUCUGGCUUGCGUUCGGUAAUUGAGAGAACAUUUGGAAUAUGGAAGGCUAAGUGGAGGAUUCUUGACAGGAAGCACCCAAAGUAUGAGCUGAAUAAAUGGGUGAAGAUUGUGACAGCAACAAUGGCUCUCCACAAUUUUAUAAGAGAUUCAAACCAUGAGGAUUGUGAUUUUGCACAUUGGGAAAGAGUGGAAGAAUAUGAACAUCAUGGGGAUGAAGAUGAUCAUGUUGCAUACGUACCAGCUGGAGAUAGAGUCAUGGAAGCUAUGCGAGAUUCCAUUACUGAAGAGAUGGCGAGAGGAUUUCGACUUCCAUACUAG